AUGGGUGUUUUAGAGAUUGAGAGCGAACACCAAUUUACUGAGUUAACGCAAGCAAAUGAUUCCAAAUUAUUAGCAUUAUAUUUCCAUACACCUUGGGCUGGCCCUUGUAAGACCAUGAACCAAGUGUUUAGAACUUUGGCGGACUCAAAGGCAAAUGAUCCGUCUAUAACAUUUCUUUCAAUCAAUGCCGACGAGUUGUCUGAGAUUAGUGAAUUAUUCGAUGUUAGUGCCGUUCCAUAUUUCAUCUUGAUUCGCAAUCAGACAAUUUUGAAGGAAUUAUCAGGAGCAGACCCAAAAGAGUUUAUUGCUGCUUUGAACCAGUUUGCUGGAGAAUCGUCAAAAAAUGCUAUUCCAGCCACAGUUUCCACAACAACAACAACAACAGCUGAAAAAUCUCCCCUGGCAUCUGAACCAGUACAAGAGUCAGAAGAAGCAUUAAAUGAAAGAUUGCAUAAGCUCACAACUGCAGCCCCAAUUAUGCUAUUUAUGAAAGGUUCUCCAUCAAGCCCUCAAUGCGGGUUCUCGCGACAAUUGGUAGCCAUAUUGAGAGAACACCAAGUAAGGUUUGGCUUUUUUGAUAUCUUGAAAGAUGACUCUGUAAGACAAGGAUUGAAGAAAUUCAGCGAUUGGCCAACAUUCCCGCAAUUAUACAUCAAUGGGGAAUUUCAAGGCGGGUUGGAUAUUAUAAAGGAAAAUAUAGAGGAAGACGAGCAUUUUUUUGAAAAUGCCGUAAAUGCUACUGCUGCUGCUUGA